CCGUGGAGGGGGCAGACCGAGCCGAGCCGAGCCGAGGCAGGCUGCGACUGAAUGGAGUGCUGCUCCGCGCCGAUCCGCGCUUUGGAUUAUUCUUCUGUUUAACGCAGGACGUGUUUACCUGUCCGGACCGAACCACUUGCACUCACCUGACCGCGCGGGCUGCAUGAGAGCAGCAGCAGCAGCAGCAGAAGAAGAAGAAGAAUCAGGAGGAGACAGCAGCAGAAGAAGAAAGCAGCAGCAGCGCGUGGGACUGACUGUGGAUUUAAAUCACUGAUUGGACUUUUCUGCGCGUCCCCGUGCAACCAUGUUCCAGUGAAUCCGACUCUUCAUCAGACCUGCAUCCAGCUCUUCUCUCCUCCUCCUCCCCUCCUCUCCUCCUCUGUCCCUCCAUCCUCUCCUCCUCCUCCUCCUCUUCCGUUUUCUGUCCAUCAUGCUCCGCUCCUCCUCUUCCUCACCUCUCCUCCUCCUUCUCUUCAUCUCCCUCCUCUCCUCCCCCCUCCUCUCUGCCCCGGCUGUUCCUCCUCCCCCCUCGGCGGCGGGUCGGGUUGUGUACCGGGCCUUCGACACCUCCCUGACCCAUCUGACCGUCCACCGGAGGACAGGUGAGGUGUUCGUCGGCGCCGUCAACCGAGUGCUGAAGCUGUCGGCCAAUCUGACGGAGCUGAGGAGUCACAUGACCGGACCGGUGGAGGACAACGCCAAGUGUUACCCUCCGCCCAGCGUCAGGGCCUGCGCUCACCGACUGGAGUCGUCCGAUAACGUGAAUAAGCUCUUACUGGUGGAUUAUACUGGGAACAGACUGGUGGCCUGUGGUUCCAUCUGGCAGGGCGUCUGCCAGUUCCUCAGACUGGAGGAUCUCUUCAAACUGGGAGAGCCGCAUCACCGCAAAGAGCAUUACCUGUCCGGAGCCAGAGAGGCUGAUGGGAUGGCAGGUGUGGUUGUUGGUGAGGACGACUGGACGGCCGACCCGAAGAGGAAAAAGCCGGUGAAAGGCAGCAGCCGGCUGUUUAUCGGCGCCGCCAUCGACGGGAAGUCGGAGUAUUUCCCCACGCUGUCCAGCAGGAAGCUGGUGGCGGACGAGGAGAGCGUCAACAUGUUCUCGCUGGUUUACCAGGACGAGUUCGUCUCCUCGCAGAUCAAGAUCCCGUCCGACACGCUGUCGCUGUACCCGGCCUUCGACAUCUACUACGUCUACGGAUUCUCCAGCCGAACCUACGUCUACUUCCUGACGCUGCAGCUCGACACGCAGCUGACGCAGAUGGAUGCCGGUGGAGAAAAGUUCUUCACCUCCAAGAUCGUCCGGAUGUGUUCUAACGACACCGAGUUCUACUCCUACGUGGAGUUCCCUCUGGGCUGCACCAAGGACGGUGUUGAGUACCGGCUGGUCCAGGCCGCCUACAAGCAGAAACCGGGGCGGCGGCUGGCUCAGGCGCUCGGCCUGUCCGAGGACGACGACGUCCUGUUCGUCGUCUUCUCUCAGGGUCAGAAGAAUCGGUCCAACCCGCCCAGAGAGACGGUGCUCUGCCUGUUCACCCUCCACGACAUCAACCUGGCCAUGAGGGAGAGGAUCCGGUCCUGUUACCGUGGAGAGGGACGCCUCUCGUUACCGUGGUUACUCAACAAGGAGCUGCCCUGCAUCCACACGCCGAAGCAGAUCGGAGAUGAUUUCUGCGGUUUGGUCCUGAACCAGCCGCUGGGAGGCCUACGGGUCAUCGAGGGGAACCCGCUCUACGAGGACCGGACCGAGGGCAUGGGGGCCGUGGCCGCCUACACCUACGGAGAGGAGACGGUGGUGUUUGUGGGGACACGGAGUGGACAGCUGAAGAAGAUCCGUGUGGACGGGAUCCCGCCGCCGGAGAAUGCUUUGCUGUAUGAGACAGUGACGGUGGUGGAGGGGAAGCCGAUCCUCAGAGACAUGGUGUUCAGCCCCGCACAGUACAUCUACCUGCUCAGCGAUCGACAGGUGAGCCGGCUGCCGGUGGAGAGCUGUGAACAGUACAACAGCUGCUCAGACUGUCUGGGAUCAGGAGACCCUCACUGUGGAUGGUGUGUCCUGUUCAACAAGUGUUCCAGACAGGAAGCGUGCGAUAAGUGGGAGGAGCCUCAGCACUUCAACACCCGCCUGGACCAAUGUGUCGACAUCUCCGUCACCCCGAGCAACAUGUCCGUCACCUCCACGGCAACGCAGCUCACCAUCCGGGUCCAGAACGUCCCGGCGCUGUCCGGCGGCGUCUACUGUGUCUUCGAGGACCUCAGCGAGUCGCCUGGUGAGGUUCUGGCUAAGGGUCAGGUGAUGUGCAUGUCGCCGUCGCUCAGAGAUCUGCCGACCCAGAGCCAGUCCUACGGGGAGAAGCGAGUCGUUCAGCUCAGCCUUCGAUCCACCGAAACCGGACACCAGUUCAUCACCACCAGCCUGAUCUACUACAACUGCUCUGUGCUCAACUCGUGUACUUCCUGUGUGAACAGCGUGUUUCCGUGUCACUGGUGCAAAUAUCGACACGUUUGUACGAACAACCUGCAGGACUGUUCAUUCCAAGAGGGAAGAGUCAGCAACAAGGAGGGUUGUCCGCAGAUCCUCCCCACCUCCGACAUCCUGGUUCCAGCUGGGAUGGUCCGUCCGAUCACGCUGAGGGCUCGGAACCUGCCGCAGCCUCAGUCAGGUCAGAAGAACUACGAGUGCGUGUUCAACAUCCAGGGGAAGGUCCAGAGGAUCCCAGCGGUCCGCUUCAACUCGUCCUGCAUCCAGUGUCAGAACACCUCGUAUUGGUAUGAAGGCGAUGAAGCCGGCGAUCUUCCCGUGGAUUUUUCCAUCGUCUGGGACGGAGAUUUCUUCAUCGACAAACCAGCAUCUAUGAAAGCACUGCUCUAUAAAUGCGAGGCUCAGCGCUCCAGCUGUGGUCAGUGUCUCAAAGCUCCGCCCACCUUUGAAUGCGGUUGGUGCACGGAGAGUCGCAGGUGUCUCCUGCGGCAGCACUGCCCCUCACCUGAGCAGAACUGGAUGCACCAUGGCCGACACAACCUACGCUGCAGCCACCCACGCAUCACCAGGAUCGACCCUCUGACCGGACCUCGGGAAGGCGGGACUUGGGUCACCAUCGAGGGGGAGAAUCUGGGUCUGCAGGUGAAGGAAAUCACUCACGUCCAGGUGGCCGGUGUCCGCUGCAACCCGGUACCGUCACAGUACGUCAGCGCCGAGAGGAUCGUGUGCAACAUGGACGAAGCCCUCCUCCCCCACUCACCUGGCGGUCCGGUGGAACUCUGCAUCGGCGUCUGCAGCGCCGAGUACCGAACCCUUUCCACGCAGACGUACUCCUUCGUGACCCCCAGUUUCAGCCGUGUUCGCCCGGAGAAGGGGCCCGUUUCUGGGGGAACCAGACUGACGGUGACGGGUCGACACCUGGACGCCGGCAGCUCCGUCACCGUCUUCAUCGACAAGGAGGAGUGUCUGUUUGUCAAACGGACCAAUCGGGAGAUAGUCUGCAUCACCCCCGCCUCCCUGACAGGCUCUGGCCCCGCCCCCAUCCGUCUGAUGAUUGACAGGGCCGAGGUGACGAGCUCCGACACCAAAUACAUCUACACCGAGGACCCGACCAUCACCAGCAUCGAGCCCAACUGGACCAUCCUCAAUGGCAGCACAGUGAUCACAGUAACAGGAACCAACCUGCUGACCAUCCAGGAGCCCAAAAUCAGAGCCAAAUAUGGAGGCGUGGAAACUAAUAAUUUCUGCACUGUGGUCAAUGACAGCACCAUGACCUGUCUAGCUCCUGGUCUGAUCUACAGUAAACCUAACCCACCAGAGGGGGCGCUGCAUCCCGAUGAGUUCGGCUUUAUCUUCGACCAGGUCUCCUCCCUGCUGGUCCUCAACUCCACCCCCUUUAUCCACUACCCAAACCCAACCUUCGAUCCUCUGGGGAACUCUGGGAUCCUGGAAGUCAAACCGGGCUCGCCCAUCAUCCUAAAGGGUAAGAACUUGAUCCCGCCGGCGCCCGGAAACAUCCGUCUGAACUACACCGUCCUGAUUGGAGAGUCACCCUGCCUGCUGACCGUGUCAGAGAACCAGCUGCUCUGUGAUUCGCCAGAUCUCACCGGAGAACAGCGAGUUCUGAUCCUGGUUGGUGGUCUGGAGUACUCACCGGGCACGCUCCACAUCUACUCUGACUCCGCCCUCACGCUGCCUGCCAUCAUCGGUAUCGGGGCGGGCGGCGGUGUGCUGCUCAUCGCCAUCAUCGCUGUGCUCAUUGCCUACAAGAGGAAAACCCGCGAUGCCGACCGAACGCUCAAACGGCUGCAGCUGCAGAUGGACAACCUGGAGAGUCGGGUGGCGCUAGAGUGCAAAGAGGCCUUCGCUGAACUUCAGACGGACAUCCAGGAACUGACCAACGACAUGGAUGGCGUGAAGAUUCCUUUCUUGGAGUAUCGGACGUACACCAUGAGGGUGAUGUUCCCAGGAAUCGAGGAGCAUCCCGUCCUAAAGGAGCUGGACUCUCCAGCUAAUGUGGAAAAAGCUCUACGACUCUUCAGCCAGCUGCUGAACAACAAAAUGUUCCUGUUGACCUUCAUCCACACACUGGAGGCCCAGAGAUCUUUCUCCAUGAGGGACCGUGGCAACGUGGCCUCGCUGCUGAUGGCCGCGCUGCAGGGCCGGAUGGAGUACGCUACGGUGGUGCUGAAGCAGCUGCUGGCCGACCUGAUCGAGAAGAACCUGGAGAACCGGAACCAUCCCAAGCUGCUGCUGAGGAGGACGGAGUCUGUGGCUGAGAAGAUGCUGACCAACUGGUUCACCUUCCUGCUGCAUCGAUUCCUCAAGGAGUGUGCUGGUGAGCCUCUCUUCAUGCUGUAUUGCGCCAUAAAGCAGCAGAUGGAGAAAGGACCGAUUGAUGCCAUCACAGGAGAAGCUCGAUAUUCUCUGAGUGAAGACAAACUGAUCCGGCAGCAGAUCGACUACAAACAGCUGACGCUGAUGUGCAUCCCUCCGGAGGGCGAGGCCGGGACGGAGGUACCGGUCAAGGUGUUGAACUGCGACACGGUGACUCAGGUCAAAGACAAACUGCUGGAUGCUGUUUACAAAGGAAUCCCGUUUUCACAGAGACCUCAGGCUGACGACAUGGACCUCGAGUGGCGUCAGGGUCGACUGACCAGAAUUAUCCUGCAGGACGAAGACGUGACGACGAAGAUCGAGAGCGACUGGAAACGACUGAACACUUUGGCUCAUUACCAGGUAACCGAUGGCUCGCUGGUGGCGCUGGUCCAGAAGCAGGUUUCUGCCUACAACAUCGCCAACUCCUUCACCUUUACCAGAUCGCUGAGCAGAUACGAGUCUCUGCUGAGGACGUCCAGCAGCCCAGACAGCCUGAGAUCCAGAGCCCCCAUGAUCACCCCCGACCAGGAGACAGGAACUAAACUUUGGCACCUGGUGAAGAACCACGAGCACAGCGACCAGAGGGAAGGAGACCGAGGCAGCAAGAUGGUCUCUGAGAUCUACCUGACCCGCCUGCUGGCCACCAAGGGGACACUGCAGAAGUUUGUGGACGACCUGUUUGAGACGGUGUUUAGCACCGCCCAUCGCGGAUCUGCGCUCCCAUUGGCUAUAAAAUACAUGUUUGACUUCCUGGACGAGCAGGCCGACAAGCGUCAGAUCAGCGACCCGGACGUCCGACACACCUGGAAGAGCAACUGCCUUCCUCUCAGGUUCUGGGUCAAUGUCAUCAAGAACCCUCAGUUCGUGUUCGACAUCCACAAGAGCAGCAUCACUGACGCCUGCCUGUCGGUCGUCGCUCAGACCUUCAUGGACUCCUGCUCGACGUCUGAACACCGGCUUGGCAAAGACUCACCGUCCAACAAGCUGCUCUAUGCUAAAGACAUCCCCAACUACAAGAGCUGGGUGGAGAGGUACUACAGGGAUAUUGCAAAGAUGCCCAGCAUCAGCGAUCAGGACAUGGAUGCCUACCUGGUGGAGCAGUCCCGUCUCCACGGCAACGAGUUCAACACGCUGAGCGCGCUCAGUGAGCUCUACUUCUACAUCAACAAAUACAAGGAAGAGAUCCUGACAGCUUUGGACCGGGACGGUUACUGUCGCAAACACAAACUGAGGCACAAACUGGAGCAAGCCAUCAACCUGAUGUCUGGGAGCAGCUGAGAGGAGGCGAUGGACGGAUGGACUGAUGGGAGGAUGGAUGGGGGGAUGGGAAGAAGAAUGGGGGAGGGGACGUAAGGGCAUUUAGUUUACUGAACUGUCUGAACAGUCAGCUGAACGGCUCCAUGUUGGACCGAACUGAUAGCCACAGCUCUGGCUUAGCAAUGAGUCUAUCAGUCAUUUAUGUGUCAGUUGAUGGACUGAUUGAUUUAAAGCAUGGCUGCUGGCUGGGACCCCGACUACCUCCGUCUGGUGGAUUUUGGGGUAGAAAAUCAGUUUCCAAACAUUUGCAACUUCAUUGUGGAAUGGAGUCAUUUUUGGGGCAAAAAAACAAAACAACAAACUUUCUGGAUGCAUCUAUCUGUUUGGAUUUAAUUUCACUGCAGGUGUAAGCAGGGAUCAAAGCGAGGAGGCGUGGCCGCGGAAAGAAGACUGUGUCAGGUUAACCAAACAAUACAGGACUAAUCGACCCGACUUCAGGAUUCCCAGAACUUUCUAGAUGUUCGGUUGAAGAGCUAAAGGUCAAGUUUCCGUCAAAGCUGCAGACCUUAAGGAUCAAGAAACUAUCAGAUGGUCGGAGGGUCGCAGUAAAGACCUAAGCCGAGGCCUCAUGCAGAAGCUCGAAGCCUCUUUACUGAUGUCGUCACUUUGGACCAUUUAUCCUCACCUUCAACCCUUAGCCUUGUCUGGAAGGAUCUGAAUCCACCUUUAGAAGUUCAGGUCAACUCAAGAGGAAGCAGGUGAGUCCCUCAUUUGGAAUACCUGACCCGCCUUGGACUUGUUUCGGGAGGUUGUUUCAAGCUUUAAUGAAGGAGAAGGAAGCAAAUAAACUGAUGUCCCAAAAAACUUAUGACUUGAAAUCACUGUUGAGUCUUGAAAGAGGUGGAAUCCAGGUGGACUCGGAGGAAAUAAGGACUCACUGAGCCGAGGCGGUUUGACUUGACCUUGAACUGUUCGGCCUCGUCAGAAUCCAGACGUUUCUAAGAUGCUGUUUUAAAGAACCACUCAAAGUUUUUCUCUGGACAAUCACUCUGUACCACAGCACACUGAGCCCGAUGCCUACUGACCGACCAGUACCUGUGUCCAUAACCCCACCCAGCCUCCUUCUGUCUUUGCUUGACCUUUUCCCUUCUGCAUCUCCUUUCCUUGUUUCCUCUUUCACCCCACCUUCGAUUCCUCCUCCUCCUCGACCCUGCUCCAUCAUUGGUCAAUCGUGCUAUUGGCCAGGAAGACUCUUUAGUAAUGUACUGCCCGACCAAUCAUGACUGUGGAAUUCACCAGAAUCGUGAAUGAUUAACUAGAAGUAAAUAGAAACAAAUAUAGAGUUACAUUUUGAAUACAUUCCAGCACAGACACACAGGCAAGGUCUGUAAAUACAUAGGUUGAAUUUUUCAGAAGUGAAAAACUCUCAGAAGUGGACGACCUGGCAUUUUUCAGGACCAGAACGCCCUGGAGACGGGGUUCUGGAUUCAGCACUAGUCUGCAAACGUUGGCGCUGUUGCUGCAGCGCUCUACCGUCCGACCUUGCACAUACGCCCACAUACAGCCAUGCUUUACAGCGCCAUGCUAACCGUGCCCAGGGGGAAAUACUGUGCAGAGUUACAAGCCCAGUGCCAUGUAAAGACCGGACCGGAUCGCAUCAGAACUGGACCGGACUCGGACCAAAUCCGGAUCGAAAACAACCCGGAACAGAGGUUUAACCGGACCGGACUCAAGAACUUUUAAGACUUGUGGCCAUAAUUGUAAGCAACAAAAAAAGAAAGAUAAUAAUAAUGAUGACAAAGUAUAAAAAAAAGAAUACAAAAGAAAGGAAAAAAUAUGUUAACAUGUAAUAAGAACUUUGUGGAUUUGACGGUAUGGAUUUUAGGAAGCUGAACUUGUAUAAAGCUGAACGUUCUGCUACAUCAGAGUCUGGAGAAGGAAAGAGAGCCAGAAGACGGAUCGACCUCCGACCGAACCAACCGCAUCUUCACAACAUUGGAUCGGACUGAACCAAGCGAGUGUUUCAGAUCUGCAUGUGGAGAACCAGAUGGACAUUUUGGUACUUUUAUUUGCCAACUGGAUGUUUGAACAGAAGAAGAGAGUCAGACGGAGGUUUGGGUGGAGUUUGGAGGGUUCAGGAUGUUUUGAAUGUAGCUCCAGCAGCUACAUCCAGAAGGAGAAUGAGGGAUUCUACACGGUCAUGAAAAUUAGCUAAAGUUUUGCCCGUAAGCAAUGAUUGGACCAACUGUGAAACCAGAACACCAAACCCAGUGUGAAAAUUCCUGUUCUCUGCAGACCUGAACCCUCCCAAACAUCUGAUUUCUGUGGUAGAACAUUUUCACUUCACACAACUGGCUUGUAGAUAACCUUCAGAAGUUCAUUUUUCAGUCUACCGUUUGUCCAAACUAGAGUUCUGUACGGAUUUUUAACCUUUUAAAGAAUGUGCAGUGUCGAUUUUAGUCUUUUUUUUUUUAUUUCUCCAAUGAUCUCAGAUUGAGGAAAAAGUCCAUUUGUGAUGACACUGAAUCUUUUGAUAGUUUGGGCCACAAUGGAGCCAACAGUUGGACGGCUGGGUUUGGAAAUGGAAAUGCCACAUUUGGUUCUGAAAAUAUCUAGUCUUUCGAUCCAGGCUCUGGAACUAGGUCUGUUCUGGAUCCAUGGAGCCACUCAUUUCCUCCAGUCUGGAGCAGAACCAGUACUAAAGCAAGAUGGUGGAUCGUGUUGUUUACCAACAAAAGAUCAUCGUGGUUCAGGCUUUAGGUUCUUCUAUUUCUUGGUUCCCAACAUCAAGCAACUUAUCAGGUUCUCAACCACUUUUUAAAAUAUUUUUUUAUUGGAAAAUCACAAAUGAGAACCAGCUUCGUGUUGGUGGAAACCCAGCUGACAAACAGCCAUAAUGGGACUGUAGACUGCAGAUUGUAGAUUCCCACCUAUUUGCUAAUGUGCCAGCAGGUGAACUACCUGUAAUAUCUUAGAGUUAAAAGACUUCCGGUUCCCGUUUUUAAUCCGGAUAAUCAGCUGAACUGCUUUCUAGACAUUCCUCAGCAGAAAGAACGGCGCACUGAUUGCUUUAUGAAUCUAACGCAGGAUGAAAUGGAACCAUCUCUGUUUAGAAACCCGUACAGCCGCUGUUUGACUGAAAAUGUUCUGCCACAUGAAGCGUCUCUCUUUUGGCUCUCUGUGAUGCCAUAAAGCUACAAAGCACCUUUUUUUCUUUCUUGCUGAUGUUUCACUGUCGUUUGAAUUUUUGGGGCCAAAAGGACCCGAGUGAGGAAGGAUGGCAGGAGGAAGAGGAGGAGGAAGGGUCCUGAUAAAAGACUGCCUUUUAGAUGAUUAAUUAUAGAAGAGGGAGGGAAGCCACUACAUACCAAUACCACUGUUCAUCCUCACCGUGCGUCUGUGUGUGUUUUGCUGCUGCUGCAGUGGAAACUCAGCCGUUAAAUCGCUGAUCGUAUCUGCAGCUCAUUAAAAAUCUUUCUCUGUACGGUCGCACUGUUUAAAUCAUCCGAUCUGUAUCUCCCAUGCUUUUGAAAUCUCAGAUUGUAUCUCGUUUUUUAAAAUUUAUAUCAGAAUCUCAGAUCGCCCUUUAAACUCGUAGUCGUGUUUAAUUGUGUCCUCGUCGCCAUUUUGAUCAGAAUUUGCCUCUCAUGACGUGAGAAGGAAAAAGACGAGGAGGAAACUCGUUGUGCAUGCCGAAGGUUUCCUAAAGGUGAGGAAGGAGGAGAGCAGGAGCUGAUUUUCUUCAGAUGCAAAGAAGAGAAAUAACUGUUAGAGGAUGGGGAUGAAAGGAGGAGGUCAGAGUGUGUGUUUGCAUGCUAAAGCGAGAGGAGGGAUGGAGGAGACGCUGCUGGAAUACUGAGGAGGUGGAGAAGGAGAAUACUGAUCAGGGAGGAGAAGGAGCGUCAUCCAUCAAACCGGCCGAGAGAGAAGCUUUCCAGACCAACGUGAACACAUCAGAAACACGUCGACAGAUGGAAGGCAGCGGUUUAAGAGUAGAAAUAACCAAUGAUGAUGAUGAAGGGCAGCUCUCUGGUUUUUAUUCUGCAGGAACCUGAUCUUAGUCUGGAGGACGUGUUUGAACGUUCAUGCUGGUAGUUCCUGAUUUAGUGAUGCCUUCAAAUGGAAUCCACAGAAUCCGUCACGUCGACACAUCCAUCGUCUAUGCAGCGUAUUCUGGUCGCAUCGUUUAGAGACGUUUCCAGCUUCUCAUUUGCAUAAAGUUCAGGUCUAAACUAGUUUAUGUAAAUCAGAGGCGACCUCUAGUAAGAACUUUUAAUCUGAGCGCUUUCUAAAUCCAGAUUCAGAAGUUCGUUUUUCACCUCAAAUGUUUUAGGAAAUGCAUUUUUGAUCAAAUCUUUCUGUGAAAUAAGUUUCAAAGCAAACCGAUGUGUUGGUUUGAAAUGGAGGAGCAGCAUGUGUUGGCGAGCAGCUGUCCGUCAUCUAUCGUGGCCCCACCCAGUCGAACGCCGAUCGAUCAUCCAACACUUCCUGUUCAUCCUCCAUGUAAGCACCCGUCAACGCAUUCUGGUCGAAUCGUUCAGAGACGUUUCCAGCUUCUCAUUAGCAUAAAGUCAGUUAAAGUUAAGGUCUGAACUGCUUUUUGUAAAUCAGUUCGACGUCUCUGGAAACUAAUAAAAACUAAACGUUUAAGAAAUCCAAAUUCAGAAGAUCGUUUUUCACCUCAAAUGUUUUAGAAAGCGCGUCUUUGAUGAAAUGUCUUUGCAAAAUAAGUUUCAAAGCAAACCGAUGUGUUGGUUUGAAAUGGAGGAGCAGCAUGUGUUGGCGAGCAGCUGUCCGUCAUCUAUCGUAGCCCCGCCCAGUCAAACGCCAAUCGGUCAUCCAGCACUUCCUGUCUAAAAACGCCACUGUGGUCUGAAACCAUGAGCUGCCGCAACAUGCAGGAACUUUCAGGUUAUUUUGAGAACAUUUAGUUUGUUCUGCUCAAAAGAACCGAACACGUAGAACCUCUUCAAAGAUCGUCGUCAGGCUCCUUAUGUGAAAACGAUAAACACGUUAGAACGCAGCGUCAAAAGUUAUUUAACGGCCAUUUUAACGUUUAAGAACUUUCCAACUCAUUUAUCGGAAAUUAGGUGAUAUUUCUGCCGUUUGUUAGUGUGAGCACCAACACUUUAAAUGAUGCUAAGGUCUUAUUAGUGUGACGUCCACCGUAGAUAGGCCUCAGUCUAAUGAAAGAGAAAAGCGAAUUGAAAAAAGGAUGAUAUGGGAACCUUUAUGAUAUCGUUUAAAUUUAACGUUCAGUUGUUUUCCCACUGUGGCAGCAAGUGUGUGUGCACAUUUUACCAUCAUUUCCAUCCUCUGAACACACACACACACACACAGCUGGGAGGAGGCAACACAGACUGAAGAGGCCGGUGGGAGGGCCGGGUCUAAUUCCUGGAACAAUAAAAACAGGGAUUGGAUUGAUACCUCGUUUUUAGCUGCAUCCGUCCACACACAGCGUUUAACGAGCUCCAGCGGUGAGAUAUAUUUAUUGUUUUCUUUUAAUUUAUUUUUUACGAUGGCUUUUUAUUUAUUUUGGGAGGAUGUACACAGUUGUAUUAGUUUGUACAGCGUUAAAGAGGAAGAGGAGCUGCACACACACACACCAACACACACGUUAACAUGUCCUUUUACAUUCAUGUACGACUGUGAAAUGACCACCAGAACCUCAAUAAGUUAUCCUUCUAAACAACACAUGAAGUUGGUUUAAUGUUCCUUCUUAUCGUCCAAUUUUGGACCAAUGAGUUGCAGAGUUACAUGCUUAAAAAUGUGUAGAAAAUCAGAGAAAUGUGAGGAAUCAUUGAGGUUUUGGUUGUUUGGUCAUUUCCCAUCGUUCACAUCCUCAAAUUCAUCCGUACGUCCGAUUCCUCCGAGCCUGGAGGUCGACAGAUCGAUGGAUUUGGUUGAUCACCCAUCAGACUCGCUUCAUUCAUCCAGUCUGAGGAGUCGUAUGAACUGUAGAAAUUGUUCGGUUCUUCAUCCAGACGAUGUUUUCCAGGAGUUCAAAAGCAGAGAGGGGAUCAGGGAAAGACGUCAGCGGGGAAACAAACCAUCCCAGUCAAUGGGCCAAAUUCUGAUCUCCUGUUGGUAAAAAGUGGAAUCUCCCAGUUUAAGGUCGAGUUUACGUGCUAACAAACAAUCUCUCAGUGGUUGUUGUUUCUGUGAAUCUUCCAUUUGCAGCCAGUAGUUCCAUUGCUUCCCCUCCAUAGUGAGCUGGGAGCUGAUCUGCUGCUGGUAUAAAAUGGAUUUUUCUAAAAUCCUGCUGGGGAGAAUGACAAUUAUUUUCCAUUAUUUGGGAAAAUCCAUUUAAAACCAGUGACAGCGACCAAAGGGAGCUUCUGAAAUUGGGCAAUUUUAAUAUCAAAUCAUUUAGAAAUGAAUGACUGUCAGUUCAUGUGAAAAUGAUUUUUAAAGGAAAUGUUCAGAUGACAAUAAUUAUAGGUCGUAUUAAUGUGAUUUUGGUAGUUAAACCUGGAAAAAGUUGCAUAAAUAUGAGACUUCAGAAUCAUUUUAUAAUGACCUCCCAUUGAAAACCAGUUAACUGGACAAAUAUCACGUUAAAUAAGUGGGAAAUUAUUUACCACCAUCAACUAUGAAAUGGAUUUGUGAAGAAAAUGAAAAUAUGGAAAUGUCCAAAAUGUCCAUUGAAAAUCAAUCUUUCCUUGAUAUUGAAUAAGAAAUUAGACAUUUUUUUACCAAUUGUAAUGAAUCAGUUUUGUUUUUUUGGAGAUAAAUUGUGCGUUCAUAUCUGGGGGGAUCUCUCAUUGACUUCUAUAGAAAUCAGAAAGUUCCAUUUUAUACUAACAGGAGAUGAAAUGUAGAAGUUGCUUCCCUGCUGAAAACACUUGCACUGACCUAUUGGGAAUCAAUGGGAGCCAACUGACCCCGCCUCAUUAAGCCCCUCCCACCCUGCAGACUCCUGACAGAUGGUUGGCUGACCGACAGCGAAUCCCAGCGGGCGUCAUUGUACCAUAGCAGCAGCGAAUCACUGGACUCCUCGUCGUGUUGGACAGGGAGUCGGAUGUCUUUAUUGUAUCAUAAUAUGAUUAUUAUUACUACGAUUAUAAUUAUUAUUAAUAUUCUGAGCGAGCGCCUCUCAGCUGCCGUAGUGUCAGGACCCAAUUAUCUGUAAGCACUUUUCUGAACAGAGAUUUUCAAAACAUCCAAAAAGGUCAUUGUUUGGGUCCCUGAGCCGUCGGUUGAGAAGCGACGCUCACGCUGGAUCUUGUGUCUUAGUUCAGGAUGGGAUUGUUCAUUCAGGCGGCGCUGCAGAGCUUCAAGUGUCAGGUCACAAGGCUGCAAUGUCACAAAUUGAUGUUAAUUAACGGCCACAUCAGAAUUCAGGUGCUUCAGAUUUGUCAGAGAUUUUAUUUGUUUAUGCAGGAAUAUCCCACAGAGGGUCGGCAGCAGAUAGAGGUUCAGACUCAACAACAUAAAUGAUCAGCCAAGCAUGCUGACAGUUUAAAGAAGUUACAAAACAACUGUUAUAGCUAAAAGAUAAAAUGAGCUAAAAAUAAGUCAAAAAUCAGCUUUUACACCAACAUGGCAAAAGUAGUUUACUGCAUCUGAAGAUACUUAAUUUAUUUAGUAUUUUAUUCAUCCACACAGCGAAAAACAAAUCGUCAUCUAAUAGUUAGCUAUUACCUAGCAUUAGCAGGUUCAUGUAAGGUGUAAUAUUUUGAUGUUUACUUUUAUUUCACUAAAAACUCUGCUGCGCUUCAGUAACGUUCAGUAUUUGCAGUAUUUCUGGUCACCAAUUAUCACAGAACAGGAUCAACAAAACAGCUUCACCACUAAACAGCUGUUUGAUUCAGAAGACAGUGCUGUUAGCGCCGCCCUUCUGGGAAAUGGAGUUAUAGUUCUACUUAUAGCAAAAACAAUCUCCAAUACUGUUAGCUACCACAAUUAUUACCACAGAACUACUCAGAAAUGCAGUUAAACUAAGAACGCUAUUUGUAGCGAAGCUGCUGCACAACACUGUUAGCUAGCUAGCUAGUACCAUUACAGUUAAGCUAGUAACACUGCUCCUGGUAACAAAACCACUGCCUGACACUGUUAGCUAGCUAGCACCGUUAUUACCACUGAGGAAUGUAGUUAAACGAGUGAGAACCGUUUUACUUUACAGAACUGUCUGUGGUGCUACAAGUAGUACCGCUGCUAGUUUUACUACAUUUAGUUGUAGCUACACUACCAGUCGAGUUUGCACACAUCUUCUCAUUCAGUGGUUUUAUUUAAUUGUUUUCUACUUUGUAGAUUAAUACUGGAGGCAUCAAAACUAUAAAGGGUACAUAUGGAAUCAUGUUGUAAACAAAAACGUGUUAACCUUCAGUAUUAAUCUACAAUGUAAAAAAUAAUACAAAUAAAUAAAAAGCAUUAAAUGAGAAGGUAUGUCCAAACUUUUGACUGGUAGUGUACAUGCAGUUAAACUAGCAAGUACUUCUACUUGUACCACUGCCUAUUGCUGCGUAUAAAUAUCUGACAAUAACUGUUCAUGCUACAAAUAAAAGCAAAUCAAGGUCACAUCAUGAAAGAGAACAAAUAAAACAAUAUAACAGAAACGAUGAUAGAAGAAUGUCCUGAAAGCAGAUCCUCGACCAGCCAUCUUUCUUUUCUCGUUGAAAAAAGGAUCUGAUUCUGGUAAAUAAACGUGACGCUCAGAUCCUCUCGCCUGUCGCUCUGCAGCGCCGCCGUUCAUCACUCUGCCUGGAAAAACUCUUUAUUUUCUUUGUUUUCACUGAAAACACAGAAACAUGUCGCCUUGAUACUUUCCAGGACGUAGUCAGGGCCCAUUUUUUGAUACCAUUUGCCAUUGCCUUGUUUUUAUUUUUUAUUUUUGCUGAGUUAAAAUGUAAUGAUGAUGAUGAUGAUGAUGAAUCUUUCAUGUAAUAGCCUGUGUCAGUUUUUAUAUCAUUGCCAUUGCCUUCUGCUGAGUUUGUAUAUUUGUGUGAUUUCACUAAAGUGUAAUGGAAAAGUUGGA